AUUGUUUUUGAAGAGUACAGAAAGAGCAAACAUAGGUAGAGAGUGAAGAGUGAAGAGCAAUGAGUUUGAGGGCCAAAAACUUGAACUGUGUUUUCUAUGCGGAUUCCUACCACCCCAUUCAAGCUGGCAGCAUCGACGGCACCGAUAUUGUUCCUCACGACAAUGCCAUCUAUCGUGCUCAACUCUGUUCCUCUAUUGGCCUCUAUGACCCAUUUGGUGAUCCUAAAUCCAUUGGAGACCCUUAUUGCACUCUCUUCGUGGGUCGCCUCUCUCCUCUCACUACUGAAGAUACUAUCCGCAAGGUUAUGAGCAAGUAUGGUAGGGUGAAGAACUUGCGGUUGGUCAGGGACAUUGUGACCGGAGCUUCUUGUGGUUAUGCUUUCGUUGAAUUUGAGAAAGACAGGGAGAUGCGACGGGCAUAUAUGGAUGCUCAUCAUUUGAUUGUUGACGAUUGUGAAAUCAUAGUUGAUUACAACAGACAGCGAUUGAUGCCCGGAUGGAUUCCCAGAAGGUUAGGUGGUGGUCUUAGUGGUAAGAAGGAAUCAGGACAACUUCGUUUUGGGGGAAGAGAAAAACCGUUUCGCGCACCCUUGAAACCAAUUCCAUAUGAGGAAUUGAAGAAGCUUGGCAUCCCACCUCCACCUGAGGGAAGAUACAUGUCACGCUUUCAGGUCCCAUCCCCUCCUAGAAGAGAAAAGAGCCUUUUAGAUAGGGAAGAAGAGUCUCAUAGAAGGGGUUCUAAUGACAGGAGCUCAGUGGACAUGGAUGAAGGGCACUACAAAAGGAGUUCAAGUCGCCGGGAAGACCACUCACGUGGAAGGAGCUCUUCAGAGAGGAGUGACCGUUACCAUGACCGGAGUUCAGCUGAGAGAGAACACCGGCAUAGGAGCUCUUCGGAGAGGAGUGACCGUUACCAUGACCGGAGUUCAGGUGAGAGAGAACACCAGUAUAGGAGUUCUACUGAUGAGAAACGUUCUCAUAGAAGAAAGGAAAGAGAUGAAAACUCUCGGAGGAAACAUGGAUACACUAGUUCUUCUGAAUCUGAUGAGAAACAUUCACGCAAAAGAAAGGAAAGAGAUGAUGAUCACUCUCGGAGGCGAGAAAGAUAUAGUCGCUAUUCUCCUCAUGAGGAUUAAGGUCUACAACACUACUAGUGCAUUUGGAUUGAUGGUGGACACACAAUUCAAAACAUGGUAAUUCCAGAAACUAUACUUUGUGGCUUCUCUAAAGAAAGGAUUAUGGGGUUUCCAACUGCAUAACCUAACACACUAUACAACUCAUUAUCACUCUACUAUUUAGCUUUUCUACUUUGUGUACUUAUAUACUAUAUCAUAUACAAGGUAGAAACGGGAAUGCUUAGUGAGGUCCAGGGAUCAUCAUUUAGUGAUAAACAUGAGACUGGUGCAUGAUAUGCAAGUCCAUGCACAGGCUGAAUGAUGAUCAUUUUCUGGUUCUUAUUUUUAUUGGGGGUAUAAUCGACCGAUAUUUUUAAUAUAGAUCCGUGAUCCAUAUAGCCGAUUUCACUAGGUUGGAUAAAACUUUUGUUUGUUUAUUUACUUGUUAUGCAAGAGCACUCAAUCUAAUACCAGUGAUCUAUGAUUGAAUUGGUAUGUAUCAUAACAUCAAUUCUCAAUAGUAAAUUAUCUUUUUCGAGUA